AUGUACUUGUCAGCCAUCGUGGACAGGUUGGCGUCGCAGCCCCUUGCGACGACCGUCCUUUGGGCUACAGUCUUGUACUUCAUCGUCUACAAUGUGUACCUCACGAUCUACCGUCUCUGGUUCUCUCCGCUGGCCAAGUUCCCGGGGCCCAAGUUUGCCGCCGCCUCUUUCUGGUAUGAGUUCUACUAUGAUUACUGGCUGGACGGCAAGUACCUGUUUGAAAUCGAGAAGAUGCACAAGAAAUACGGCCCUAUCGUCCGUGUGAAUCCGGACGAGCUCUCUAUUCAUGAUCCCGAGUUUUACAACGAGGUCUAUGUUACGGAGAGCAAGCGACGAACCGAGAGCUACGAUGUCUUUUGCAAGGGCAUCGACUUUGAUGGCUCCCAUCUGCUCACCACAGAUCACGACCUGCACAGAAAGAGAAGAAAGCCCAUGGAGGGCUUCUUCUCGCGCAAAGGUAUCACGAGAUUGCAGCCCAUGCUCGCCGAGGUGGCCCUGCACCUCGAGUCCCGCUUCAGAGAGCUCGAAGGCACAAACUCGGUCAUCCGGCUAGACCAUGCCUUUUCUGCCUUUUCGGGCGAUAUCAUCGGAAGGAUUUGCCUUGGCACCGACGACAGAGGCUCCCAUGGCGACCGCUUUCUCGAUUCGCAGGAUUUUGCUUCUGACUGGUACGAUGUCAUCCACGCAAUUGUGCGAUCCAUCCCGCUGUUUACAGGGUUUCCUCAGAUUAUUCAAAUCCUGAGCCUACUCCCCGAAAGCCUGUUGCUCAAGAUAUACCCGAAAGGGCAAAUGUUCAACAUCUUCCGCCAACGAGCGUUGGAACAAAUCCGCAUUGCAAACAGGGACAAGUCCGAAAAGGACGCCAACGACAUCUCCAUCUUCCGACACAUUGCAAACAGUGACAUGCCGGUGGAGGAGAGGACCGAGGAACGACUGGCCAAGGAAGCCCAGGUCCUGCUUGGCGGCGGCACUGCAAGCACGGCACGCACUAUCGGCUUUGCCUCCUACUAUAUCCUCUCCCGGCCAGAGUUGAGAAGCAAGCUCGAGGCUGAGCUACGGGAGCCGAUGGCCAACUGGCCCCAGCAGGUUCCUACCUGGGCCGAGCUUGAGCAGCUGCCGCUCUUACAGGGAAUCAUCAAGGAGUCCCUCAGGCUCAGCUAUGGCGUCAUGCACCGCUUGCCGAGAGUAUUUCCCGACCAACCACUCCAGUACAAGGACUGGGUGAUACCGAUUGGGGUCCCCGUGGGCAUGUCUGCCUAUCUGAUGCACUCAGACCCUCAGGUCUACCCCAAUCCGGGCGAGUUCAUACCCGAGCGGUGGAUUCACGAUGUGACUCCGGCCAUGCAUCGGUCGUACGUGCCCUUCUGCCGCGGAUCGAGGAAUUGUCUGGGAAUGAACCUGGCCAUGGCGGAGAUGAGUCUUAUUUUGGCAGUUCUAUAUCGUCCUAACGGCCCCAAGCUGGAGCUGUACGAGACCGACGAGAGCGAUGUCAAACAAGCACAUGACUUUUUGAUCCCCCUUCCAAAGCUUACAACAAAGGGAGUGCGGGCAUUGAUUCGUUAG